AUGAACGGCGCGGUGGCCCAAGCUACCGCCGUCCUGGGCGUGACAUACUGUAUGUCUGAUCUAAACAACUAUCCGGAGGCCGAGUUCAUCCCAAAGGUCAUGCAGAUUGCCGUCGACGAGAUCAACAACAAUACUGCUAUUUUGCCAAAUGUGUCCCUCGCAUUCGUUAUCCGCGAUUCGCUGGAUGCGACACCACAGGGGAUAGCAAAUAUUCUGCAGCUCAUUCAGUCUGACGGCGUAUCGGCCAUCAUCGGAGACACACGUAGCGAGCUCACGCAGUACGAGGCCCAGGUUUCGGGUUACUAUCGGAAAGCCCAGUUUGGGCUCCAAACUGCAGCAACAACUCUUUCGAACAGAACACUGUAUCCGUCGCUGGUCAGUCUUAUCGAGCCCAACAAACUCUACAUCCAAACCUGCCUUGCCUUUGUGGUGGCUAUGGGUUGGAGGAGGAUAGCAAUUGUGUAUGGACGCGACACAUCAGGAAUGGGAGCUUUAGCCGAUGCUGAGGUUAUUGCCAAUCAACUUGAUUUGGCAGUCAUUCUGAAACAGGGCUUUUAUGGAGCAACACAGGGAGAUCGCAGCGAAUUGGUGAUUCCUCUCCAAAAUCUGAAGGAAUCUGGGGCAAAUAUCAUAUUGCUAUGCGCUUCGCCAUGGUACAGCGCCGACUUAUAUUUGAGCGCUUACAAUAUCGGCCUUGUUGGUCGAGACUAUGUAUGGAUGGGGCUGAACGAGCCCUACUAUGACUUCUUGAAUGUCUCCUGGUUCCAGGACGACCCCGUCCUUGCAUCUCAGGGAUAUAUCACAGCUACCCAAGUUUCAAUCGAUGGGCCGGGCUUCAAGAACUUCAGCGCCAAAUGGGCAGCGCUGGUCGCAGGAGAUCCCGCCGUAUAUCCACCGAUGAAUGAGGACAGCUUCGGAGAUGCGCUGAGAUCACUCUAUGACGUUAUUUACAUUAUCGCCUUGGCAUGGACGGAUUUGAUACACAAGAGCCCUUCAAUGAGCUUCCACGAGCUACUUUGGAUCAACUAUACUUACAUUGCUCAGUACGUCAAGGACCUCACAUUUGACGGUGCGAGUGGCAUACUAAGCUUCGACAGCCAAGGAAUCAUGGAUAGACCCUUUCUUAUCCAGGCUUACCAAGGAGCAAAUAGCAGCAGCACAAAUUUGAAUACAAUUGCACUGUAUGAAAACGGCACAAUCAACUUGAAAUGUAGCGGCUGUCGAUUCCUCAAUAACGACGGAACGUCAUUUAUACCUCUUGAUUACACCAACAUAAACUGUCCCCCAGGAUGGGAGCCGUUCCUCUCAAACCUUGGUGAAUGGAUAUGCACCCCGUGUUUAUCUGGAACAUACAAUCUCAACUACAACUCGUCCUGCCUUCCGUGUCCAACUGGAGCAACAUGUUCUGGAAGCACCCUCAUGGUCACGGAAAACUACUGGUACAACCCACGUGCGCAGGAUAUUACCAGUGCAUUCCUCUACUGUGGAUCCGACAAUCGCUGCUGCUCCGGUACAUGUCCAAUAUCAGAGAACAACACUUGCUCAAACAAUCACUUUGGAGUCCUUUGCGGAAGCUGUCCGAAUGGAAUGUACGAAUGGAGCGGCCGAUGCGUCUACUGCAACAAUACGGUUCAAAAUACUCUGAUGUACACCUUCACGUUCCUUCUGACCUUUAUUGGUGUUGGGAUCAUCUACAUCAUUCCACCGUCCAAGGACAACUUUUUCGUGGAUCUGCUCUUCAUCUACCAGAUAUCGUUCAUGUUCAAUUUCAGCGAUAACAACUUGAUCCAAAGUAGCCUGUCGAUCUUGAGCUUCAACACAAAUAUCAGUAUCAGCAGCGGAUGCAUUUUCCCGUUCACCUCGCUUCUCAAGAUGAUCUCGAGUUUCUUCAUUCCGGUUGCGAUGUUUGUGUGCCAAAUCCUCUGGUACAUCAUCGCGAGAAUAAUUCUGUCAUUGGAGCCUCGUUCGCAUCUGGCCAAAAAGACUAUCAGGACGUGGCUGCACUACUUUCCUCAUCUCAAGGGCGGCCUCGGCAACUCCAACAUCGGAGUGAUGUUGACGAUAUUGCUGUUCUGCUACACGCCAGUAUACAACGCAGCCGUCAACAUCCUCUCGUGCCGACAAGUCGAGGGAUACCCACCGGUAGUGUGGAGCUAUCCAUCAAUCCAGUGCUGGGUCGGAUAUCACCUGGUCUUCAGCAUUAUCGCCGGCGUGUUGUUGGUCGCCCUCGGCCUUGUUCUUCCAAUCUCAAUCUACAAACAUGUGACUCGCCACUACAAGGGCGAGGCCACAGAGAAAGCCGUCCCGAAGCCAGCUCAGAUCGACCCAUACCAAAUCCUGUACUGCUGCUACACACCAGGGUGGUACUGGUGGAUGCCUAUUGAUCUGGUCGAGCGCUCGGUCGUCAGCGGUGUUCCGGUUCUUAUUCAGUCUCGAGGAGAGUAUGUGACCACGUAUUGCGUGGUCAUACUGCUGUGGAUGUUUCUCUUGAUCCGGGUCUUUACGAUGCCGUAUCGGUCUCCCGUCGACAACUCGGUCAAGAUCGUUGGAUACACCGCCCUGAUCCUUCUUGGAUCCUUUCGAUUGCAAGUUACAUACUUCUUCCAAACUUUCCAAGUGCAAAUAUCCACCCCGCUCGGCCAGGAGCUUGCUUGUUUGGUCCUCCCCAUGAUCAUUUUGUUUCCUAUGAAGUUCUACGAAAAGGUCAUCCCAAAGCUCAUCAAGAUCCGAAGCAGGAUCCGGUCGAAAGGGUCGCGCUCGAGCUCCGCCACUAUCUAAGGCUCAAUGGCACCUGCGUGUCGAGUCAUCUUCCGAGCUGCCCACCUCUUUGAUGAGAUGGGUUCAGACGCAAUCAAGACCAUGGCGUCCCUCAUAUGUCGCCCCGGCUGUUCCAAUGCUCGUCCGCCGUCCCUCCUGUUGUCGCCUUUGUGAACCAUUCCCCAGGUCCAUCAUCCCACCAUUCGACCCCGCCAUCUCCCGAGGGCAUCCUCUGUCGCCCAGUCCGACUCUCCUGUCAGCAUUCCCACAGACGCAACAAUGUUCAUGUCCGCGGUCGUGA